UCUUUCUCUGCCCUAGCAGAAUGAUAAUUGUUAUUUGUGCUCUGCUGUUCACUUCGAUUAUAUUUUUUAUUAAUCCUGUUGAAUCAACUGUUCGAGUGCCAAGAGGAUAUAACGUUUUCCAAUCAGAGCACGGAAUGUUUAUUGUCCCUGAACAUGCCAUGGGCAAAAUGAUCAAUCAUGUAGCUUAUAUGAGUGAAGGAGGUAAACCAUACGAGAAAGUACCGCCAUGGGAUGGUACGCCACGUAAUCACCCAAAGUUGGAGGAUUUUCAAAAAAAUGAUCUUAUGUUGAACGAAAGGAACCAAAUUGUUGGAAUUGUCCUCGAGGAUAAGGGGGUGAUUCAUGAGACCAUUCAACCUGGUUCAAUGGAAGUAAAACGAGAUUCUAUAGCCAAGCCGCAAGAUAAUUAUAUCAUAAAGCGCGGGAAUGACUUUUUUGCUAAAUAUUAUAACGGAUGGGCACCGUAUCAUCUGGCUCAUGAUGACUUCUUUUUUUAG